AUGGUGGGUAAACUCUCAAUAGGAUCUGCCAUUCUUACCUUGUACUUGAUCGUUGCUGGAAUAGAUGGGAGCUGCAAUAAAACCAUCAACAAACACAUUAUAGGCCACGAGGACUGGUCGACGUGUACUUUCUAUAGGGUGGAUCAUUGCAUUGUCUGCAGGGGCCCUGCCUUUGAGAGGGAACUUGCAAAGAACAUUUGGUGUGAUACUAUACCAACUGAGGAUGGAUUUGAAGAGAACAUUAAAGGGCCAAUUCCUUUAGGAUAUUACGCUUUGGGGAAUCCCCCCGACGACAUAAAUGCUGAUUUCUACGCCAUCUAUCCACAACGGGACGAUGGAAAUGGAUUUUUGGAUUACAAAAUUCUAAAUCCUGAAACGUCUAGAAAACAUUUACUUUUGGGGAGUUCGAAAAACAGUCCAUUGGCAGUAAAAAUCCGAUCAUGUUGGAAACAGUUACAGCGUCAGCUUAACCUUGGUAGAAUGAUUCAAAAAUUAGUAACAGUUUUAAAAAUGGACGAAAACGAGGCAAAUGACCAAGAGCGUUUUACGGAUGCUAUGAUAAAAGGGCUCAUGAUUGUUGGCAAUUGAUCGCUUCAAUUGAUAAAUGUACAUUUUUCAUUAGAAUGUUGAUGAAAAAUGUCAUUCCGCUCUAUGUUGUCAAAGGUAUGUUCAUAUCAAAGAGUUGGAACGUAGAGUAACAUUUUCAUAUAGGCCUUUAGCACCUUUUAAGUAUUUUUUAAUUUGAAAUUUUCAUCAGCCUCUAGCGCAGGAUUUGUUUUUAGAUUUUCACAUUUUGGAGACUUACUUUACUCAAUUGUUCAUAUCAUCAUUCUGAUGUUCUUACUCAUCAUUUUACCUCCGGUUAAAAGGUAUCAUUCAAAAGAGUUUUAUGGUCAUCGAGGAAACUGAAAAAGUGCAU